CCUCGCCCAAAGACACCGAGGCAGCGACACCAGCCCACCAUGCGUCCCACACUCGUCAUCACGGGCGUCCUCGCCUACGUGUCGUCCGCCAGCGCCGCCGUCAACUGGACGCUGGCCAAGGCCGCCAACCCCACGGCCGACCAGCGGGAUGCCUACUCGCGCAUCGAGAACGCCAUGCGCCUGGCCGCCGGCAGGUACAACCGCCUGAGCUCGGCGGCCAACAAGAACAUCCGCGUCGCCUACGCGCCCGGCGUCCCCACGGCCGAGGCCAACUACAACGGCGACCUGCGCUUCGGGUCCAACAGGGCCUACAUGAACGAGCGCACGGCCCUGCACGAGAUCUCGCACACGCUCGGCAUCGGCCAGACGCGCGAGUUCGACCGCCGCUGCGCCGCCCAGGACUGGCCCCGCGCCCUGCCGCUGCUACGGUCAUGGGACGGCCAGGGCGCCGUCAUCAACUGCGGCGGCCAGCACAUCUGGCCCUACGGCCUCAACUACGACAACGAGUGGAGCGAGACCAACGCGAACCGCCACGUCCAGCUGGUCGACGCCAUGAUCCGCGACGGCAUGUGAACGGCGCCUUGCGGGGUGGGAGGGGUUUCUCCUGUGAAUACCUAAGCUUUAAUGUAAAUAGUAUGGCACCAUCAGUACAGCCAGGUCGCCUUCAGUGUUAACAAGCGUUGCAUCUUGUCAGCACAGACAAAUGUCGCCCAGGAUUGCCCCUCACCCCGGACACGACAUUCCGGAACAGGCCCGGCGUGGCGGCAUCAAGCCUGGGUGUCCGCUUACUGUGCCGUCUUCCAACCGUCCCUAUAAGCUUGAUGCUGCCAUGGCAUUUGAAAACACUGUGGAAUAACCCAACCUACUGGAGCAUGCCUUAUAAAAAAGCAUGCCGGCUUUCCGGAUCCUAUGGAGUUCGGAGCAGGCCCGAUGUUAGCAUUUACAAUCGC